AUGUCUACAGAUAAUACUUCUUCGAUGGACUACUCUGAUGAUGGCCCAGCCCUGUUGAUAAGUUCGUGUGUCCUCGGCUUUGUUUCGACAGUCAUCGUGGGCCUCCGGUUUUGGUCAAGAAAGCUGGUGGGUACACCAUGGGGCCUCGACGACUGGUUGACGUUGGCAUCGCUGGUGGCACAUCAUGCCGUCGUUGUUACUGUUGGAUUCAUGACGCAACGUGGUGGCCUCGGACGAGAUAUUCGAGUCAUUGUCGCUGAGGAGCCAAGUGAUAUCGCAGAAUUAUACAAAUCCCUCCUUGCAGCGGAACUAUUCUACGUCUUCAGUUCCGCCCUAGUCAAGCUGUCUCUCCUUGCCUUUUACAAGCGAAUCUUCCCAACUCACAGGGUCAAGUUGGGCUGCUGGAUACUUGGACUUGUAACUCUCGGCUGGGCGCUUUCGUGUCAGAUUGUUAACUUGAUUCAAUGCGUACCUCUCCAGGCCUUUUGGAACUUUGAAUUACGUGCCGAUCCGAGUACAAAAUGUCUUGAUCCCGUGCUCUUCUUCCUCGCCAACUCGGCCGUCAAUGUCGUUAUCGAUUUCGCAACCUUGUUCCUCCCCAUCCAAGAGAUCCUCAAGCUGCACACGUCAAAGAGCAAGAAGUGGGGAAUUGCUGGUGUCUUCCUCCUUGGUGGAAUGGCCUUUACUGCCAGUCUCUUGCGCACCGUCUUCACUGGGACCAUGUAUAACGAGGGCGUUACCAACUUUUCCAAACAAUUUGUCGCCUCGGCCAUGGCGACCGUGGUGGAAAUUUAUGUGGCCAUCAUUAGCGGCUGCCUCCCCGCCCUCGUCCCCGUCUACCGGCGCAUACGCUACAACAACCCUCUCAAGACCACCAGCGUCUCGUGCUCGGAAGGAUACCUCUCCAAUGCAAACCAAUCCACGAUACUCAAGAGCACCACCCGGCCCAAGAUUCGCACAAGCGAGUUGGGGGGCGAGGGAUCAUUCGAGAGGUUGGCUACGAGCAAGAAUGACCAGUUUGCCAUGAACGAACUCUCGGGCUCCCGAACAGUCAAUGUAUCGAGCAGCGUGAUGAAGUAUGACUCUGACGACAACAGCAGCGAUACGCCUCAGGGUAUUGUUGUGCGUUCAGAGUUAUCAUGGCAAGAGUCUCGGACUGCUUGA